AUGCAUGAAGAUUGGCUUAAAGGUAUUGACAAAUCUUUAAAAAAUCACAGUCAGUCUAUUGCUGACUACAAGAAAAGUAUAGAUUUUUUACAUAGUGCUAUGGACGUACAUGAUGGAAGCAUAAGGAACUUACUUAAUGCUAACAAUAACUUACCAGGAACUAUUAAAGCAUUUAUAAAGUCCUUUGUAAAACCUGGUGCUCUAACAUUUAGGUCUUUGAGAGCAAGAGCAUUGAAGUCAAGAGAUGCAGAAACUCCAACAGAACCUACAGAAGGAACUGAAACAACAGAAACUCCAAAAGAACCACCAAAACCAACAGCUAAUGAAAUAUUGUUCGAAUAUUUUCCAAGGUACUCUGUUCUCAUUGCAUACAUUCAAGAAAUACUUAAGAAAGCAGACUUGACUUUAGGAGAUGAUGAAAGUUCUGUAUAUCUUUCGUUCCAGUUUCAAAUAGCAGAACUUUUGAGACAGAUAUGCUUAAUGUAUGACAACAUCUCUGAUUUCACAAGAUAUGAUGACGACCAUGACCCCGAACACGGUGAAGAAGAAGUUUUACAAACAUCCAUUAAGACAGGAAAGGUUUUAACUCAAAGUCUCAUUAUUGACACCAAAGAUGGUGAAGUGGAUGUUCUUCAAGAGCUGAAGAAAAAUACUUCUGAAGGAGGUGGUGGUAGGCAUGAACUUGAAAUAAAUGAGAUAGAAGAGAAAUUAGCCGAAAAAGCAGAUAAAAACCAUGUUCAUUAUAUAAGUUCAGACGAACAGAUUAUAACGGACUACCAUGGAUAUUUAACACAGGAUGAACAAAUAAGCACUGAAGAUGUUAAUGAAAGAAGAUAUAAAUUCAUUCGUGCUAAAGGUUAUGACAUACACUGUACUGUACAGUAUGACACGGGUAAAGCACAAGAAACAUUUGGUUAUAACGAUGAAAUUUAUGCCUCUAGUUUCUUUGUUAACGGUGUAUUAGUUGAACCAAAAUUUACUUUGAGGGUUAAGGCAAAAAUAACGUUUGAAGAUGCUAUUAAAAGUAAAGCUGACAAAGUUGAACUUGACGCAAUGAACAAAGUUUUGAAAUCUCAUAAACACAAUAUCUCCGAUAUAAAUGAACUUCAAGCUACAUUAAAUAGUAAAGCUGACAAGAACCAUACACAUAAAUCCUUCAAUACUGUUAGAGCAGACGAUGUAAUAUUGAACUUUGACCUUGGUUCAAGUGCACCUUUAGAGAAUCCAAGUACAAGCGUAAAAGAUACACUAAACAGUUUAGAUAACAGUUGCAGGAAUAUUGAAAGUCAUGCCAGAAACUUUAAAGCACAUGAACUACCAGCAAUGUUAGAUAAAAAGGCUGACAAGAACCAUACACAUAAAUCCUUCACUACUGUUAGAGCAGACGACAUAAUACUGAACUUUGACCUUGGUUCAAGUGCACCUUUAGAGAAUCCAAGUACAAGCGUAAAAGAUACACUAAACAGUUUAGAUAACAGUUGCAGGAACAUUGAAAGUCAUGCCAGAAACUUUGAAGCACAUGAACUACCAGCAAUGUUAGAUAAAAAGGCUGACAAAACAGAGCUUCAAACAUUAAAGACUGAAAUACUUCAAACAUUAUAUCCUACAGGCUCUAUUUAUACGUCAAUGAAUUCAACAAAUCCAGCAACAGUUUUAGGUUUUGGUAAGUGGGAACAGAUUGUAGACAAAUUCUUAUAUUGUACUAAAAGUUCAAAACAAGCCGGAGGUUCAAAGAAAAUUAAAGAAGCAAACCUUCCGCCACAUAAGCACACAGGAACGACAAACUUUUCUGGCGACCAUAGCCACUCAUUAAGAGACCACCCAUUAUACAACUCAGAGUAUGAAGCUGGCAAUGACGUUUUAUCUCCAGCUUAUAACAAUUCAGCAAAAAAGACUUUUCGACCAACUGAACCAGGAGGAAAUCAUUCACACACUUUCACAACAAAUCCAACAGGUUCGGGUGAAGAUUAUAUGCCACCAUUUAUGACUGUAUUCGCAUGGUACCGCGUUGAAUGA